UCCGCAUCCGGCGGCCACAGGGCAACUUCCUCUAGAGGGAGCUGAUUGGAGCUGGGUGCAGCUGGCACCUCUAUGAUCACCGGAGCCUUGCGGGUCACUCGGGCCGCGCAGGGACCAGCCAAGGCUACAUCCAGACACCAGGAAUGCAGUGACGCAGGGUCCUGGAAGCCGGGCUCUCACCCAGCCCCUGGGAGCAGCCGCCGUCCCCUCAGGAACUCCAGCCUCGGCCCUGCAGAGCCCUCCCGGGUUGGGCCAGGAUCCCGGCAGGCUGACGUUGUCCUUCACUGAGACCUGAGAAAUGGCAUCCGGGCAAGGCCCAGGUCCUCCCGGACACGGGUGCAGAGAGCCUCCCCUGCCCCCCGCUUCUGAGGAGCAGGUAGCCCAGGACACGGAGGAGGUUUUCCGCAGCUACGUUUUUUACCGCCACCAGCAGGAACAAGAGGCCGAAGGGGCAGCUGCGCCUAUCGACCCAGAGAUGGUCACCUUGCUCCCAGAACCCAGCAGCACCAUGGGACAGGUGGGCCGGCAGCUCGCCAUCAUCGGGGAUGACAUCAAUCGACGCUACGACUCAGAGUUCCAGAGCAUGCUGCAGCACCUGCAGCCCACGGCAGAGAACGCUUACCAGUAUUUCAUCAAGAUUGCCACAAGUCUGUUUGAAAGUGGCAUCAACUGGGGCCGUGUGGUGGCUCUCUUGGGCUUCGGCUACCGUCUGGCCCUACACGUGUACCAGCGCGGCCUGACUGGCUUCCUGGGCCAGGUGACCCGCUUCGUGGCCGACUUCAUGCUGCAUCACUGCAUUGCCCGGUGGAUCGCACAGAGAGGCGGCUGGGUGGCAGCCCUGAGCUUGGGCAACGGCCCCAUCCUGAACGUGCUAAUGGUUCUGGCUGUGGUUCUGCUGGGCCAGUUUGUGGUACGAAGAUUCUUCAAGUCAUGAUUCCUGAGGGGGCCCUUUGGGGUCCCAACUGAGACCCCUGUCUGGACUUAAGCCAAGUCUUUGCCCUUCCCCCUCCCACGCAGGGGUCCCCCCUCAAGGGUACAGAAGCUUUAGCAAGUGGGCACUCUAGCUUCGAAGGGCUCCUGCCCAGGGGUCAUUCGGGCUGAAGAGGCGCCCUAACAUUGCAUGGUGCUAACAGGCCCCCUCUCUGGGCCACACCCUGUCAGAGAGGGGCUGUUACCUCCUCCUUUGGCUCUUUGGGACCCCCUUAGCCCUGUCUGCUGGGCACUGGGGUGGUCUAUAACUUGGGAAGGCAAGAGACCAGGAGCCACUUCUUCCCAGGCAGUUGUUAAUGGUUUAAGCUUUUUACCAUACCUUUGGGAGAACCCCUCUACCCCAUCCCCACUACUCUGCCCAAGGCCAGGACACCUGGGGCACGAGGGUUAGUGGUCUACCCUAUAGCCCCAGCAUUCAGCUAGUCUGGAAGGUCAGAGCCUGAGAGCUGGGACUCAAGCCCAGUCCUGGUCCUCCCUAAGCUUCAUGUCUCCCAGGCGCUGGACUGUCUGGAGGUGGGGGCCGAGGUCCUGCCCAUCUCCCCUGAUCCCACUCCCCCACUCCAUAUUGCCAUUACGGUUGAACUCUCAGGGAUUCUGGGCCUGGGGGGUGAGGAGGGGGAGGUACAGGCAGGAGCUAUCCAAACUUACCCGGCAGGAGCCUCCAAGCCUGCCUCCCAAGGUCCUCAGUUCUUUCCCUUCCUCUCCCCUUAGAACCACUUGUCCCCAGCCCAUUUACUACAAAUGACAACCCUUGCCCCCAUUCCCAGAGGCCUUGGGUGAGCAGCGUCCUGGGGCCCCUCCUUGCCCAGAUUACAGGGCUUAGGACUUGGUUUGUUAUGACAGGGGAAAGGUGUAAGGAGUUCAUCUAGAGGGUUCUGAGUGGGAGAGGGGUGAUCAUCACCACUAGGAAUCCCAGAGAUAGGAUCCUCCCUAUGGCCCGGGAACAGUGUAAUCAGGGGGAUGGAUGGAGGAACUGUGAAUACUUGAACCCUAGCUCCCACCCACACCCUUCACACUCCUCACCUGUCUAGGUCUCUCCUUAGGGUGGGAGUGAGAAUGGUUUUUCUAUCCUGUACAGCCUAGAGGUCUGGGGUAAGGAGAAAGGAGUUCUUGACUAAGCCAAAUGCAGGGAGGGGAUGCAGAUGGAGCCAGUAGGCCACCCCCAUCCUCAGAAUGUGUUUGGAAAUAAACUGUGCAAUCCCCUCAC